ACGUCUUUCAUUGUAUCAGCUGUCAAAUUCGUAAAAAGUCAACAUAUGAGGUGAACACACGUAGCAAAACUCGAACAUUUUCAAAUUAUCCCAUAUUUUCGUCUAGUUGAUCAUGUUUUCAGUGUAAUAAACGUGCAAGACAACAAUGAGGUCGUUAGGUAUAUCAGUUUUGAGUCUCACACUAACCACAAUUGUGAUAGCAAAUGCAUACUACCAGAAAAAACAAUUCUACCCUUCGGUUGUGUAUAUUACAAAAUCAAAUCCUAGCAUGGCUGUCAUUUAUAUUCAAGCUUUUAUAUGUGUCUUGAUUGUGGGCAAAAUUAUGCGGAAAAUCUUUUUUGGACAACUUAGAUCGGCUGAGUUUGAGCAUUUGAUGGAAAGGUCAUGGUAUGCAAUAACAGAGACUUGUUUAGCUUUUACUGUGUUUAGAGAUGAUUUCAACCCGAAAUUCGUAGCAUUGUUUACUUUGCUACUGUUUCUAAAGUCGUUUCAUUGGUUGGCCGAAGACAGGGUCGAUUAUAUGGAGAGAAGCCCUGUUAUAAGCUUACUGUUUCAUAUAAGGGUAUUAUCAUUACUAUUAUUAUUGGGUUCCCUUGACUUACAUUUUAUUCAACACGCGUACCAAUCAACUGUGUCGAAAGGGGCCUCCGUUCAAUUGGUUUUUGGUUUUGAGUACGCCAUUCUUCUGACUGUCGUCAUAAAUAUCGCGAUAAAAUAUGCCUUACAUUCAGUUGACCUCAACAGUGAGACUCCUUGGGACAACAAAGCAGUUUUUCUGCUUUACACUGAGCUCAUUAUGGGUUUCAUCAAGGUCAUUCUUUACGUCGCUUUUGUCGCUAUUAUGGUUCGCAUCUACACUCUUCCCUUGUUUGCGUUCCGCCCAAUGUACUACACAAUUCGCAACUUCAAAAAAGCCUUCAGUGACGUGAUCCUCUCCCGUCGCGCCAUCUACAACAUGAACACCUUGUACCCCGACGCCACCCCCGAGGAAUUGCAAGCCGCCGACAACGUUUGUAUCAUCUGUCGCGAAGAAAUGACAACCGCGUCAAAAAAAUUACCUUGCAAUCAUAUUUUCCACACGUCGUGUCUCCGGUCGUGGUUCCAACGUCAGCAGACGUGUCCCACAUGCCGUUUGAAUAUCCUGCGAACGCCCACGAGUAACAAUAAUGAGCCACGCCAGGACCAGAGACAUAGACAGGUGCCUCUAAACCCGCCGAAUCCGUUUUUCAACCCGUUUGGUGGCCAGAAUCCGUUUCAAAUGUUCGGCCAGAAUAACCAGCAACAGCCACAAGCACAACCGGCGACUGGAGGGACUGCAACUGGCGCACAAAAUGCGACCAAUGCACCACAAGCUAAUCCUAAUAUUCCGCCUUUUGUUUUUCCACCGUUUCCGUUUAUGCCGUUUAUGGCACCGCCACCGAUGCCGCCACCAAAUCUGCAAUCGUUGUCGCCGGAGGAAUUGAGGAGGAUGGAGGGGAACGAGAGGCAGAAUGUUGAGGCCAGGAUACAAUGCUUGCGCAAUAUCCAGGUCAUGCUGGAUGCUGCUGUGGUCAUGAUGCAGCAAUACAGCGCGGCAGCAGCCCUUUCGAGCCAAACCCCCAGUGGAGAGCCCCAGCCAGGCCCUUCAACAUCCGGUACAUCCCCCACCUGUAAUGGAACUACUCCAAAAUCGCCAAUAAAUCUGCCAACUAGUUCAGUGAUUAAUAAUAAUGUCGAAAGUGACUCUGUAGCUAGUACUAGUACAUCGAACGAGACACCAUCGGAGACAACAACUGAAUCAGUUGCACUUACACCCGAAGAAGAAGUGAGGAGACGCAGGUUGCAAAAAUUCCAGCAAGCUGCAGAACAAUAAUUUUAUUUUAUUCCAUAUUGAUUUUGGGUAAUCAAUUUUAUGUUAUGAUAAGGGCUGAGUGUAGGAGGAAAAUUGGUAGUUUUUAGUGUCAAGGCUUGUGCUAUUUACCAUUUUUGUGACAACAUCAAUAAAUUUGUAAAAAGCCCUUAUUGUGUUGUAAAUACAUGUUUAAUUAUUUUUUAUUUUCUGUGUAGGAUUUAUCACAUUUAAUAUAUUCAUUGAUAUUGUUAUGAA